CGUGACGUCAUCUCCGGUUCUGCCAUUUUGCGGAUCGGUCUCGAGCUGCUGGUGCGUUUCUUACCGAAUACCGAUAAUAUAGUCUUAACAAUAAAGCCCAAUUAAACCGGCAAAAUGUCAGAUUUUGAUAGCAACCCCUUCGCGGACCCGGACUUCAGCAACCCGUUUCAGGAUCCAUCAGUGACACAAGUAACGCAGACUGCCCCGCCUGGCCUGGAGGAGUAUAACCCUUUCACAGACACAAAGCCGGUCCCGCCAGGCUCCGCCCCUAAAUCAGUCCCACCCACAGCAAACACACAGCCAGCCAUCAUGAAACCCACCGAAGAACCGCCAGCCUACACUCAACCUCAGCAGACACAGGAUCAGGCGCGAGCCCAAGCGGAGUUGUUGCAGAGACAGGAGGAGCUGGAGAGAAAAGCCGCUGAGCUGGACCGCAGGGAGAGGGAGAUGCAGUCUCUCAGCGCAUCAGGAGGUGAGUUAUUAGCCUCUAUGCUGCAUCGCUUAUUCUGGAGUGACAGCUCUUUUAGGUUCUUUGUCUUCUUCUUCAUCUAUAUCUGCCAGUUUGGUGUCCAUGUGCUGCAAGCUAUCGGCAUUGCAGGUUGGGGUGCUAGCGGCUGGAUCUCAGCGCUGACCGGGCUGAACACAAGUAUUCCCGUCGGCAUCAUCAUGAUCCUGAUUGCUGCACUCUUCACUGCAUCGGCUGUCAUCUCUCUCAUCAUGUUUAAAAAGGUUCAUGCGCUGUACCGAACCACUGGCGCCAGUUUUGAGAAGGCGCAGCAGGAGUUCGCCACCGGCGUCAUGGCCAACAAAACGGUACAAACCGCCACCGCUAACGCCGCCUCCUCUGCUGCCCGGGGAGCCUUCAAAGAGCAGAUCUGAUUGGUCCAGAGAACUCUGACUCCGCCCAUGCUACUCUGACCCCGCCCUCCGCAUUCCUCCAAACUGUCUUUUCAGCCAUUCGUCAUCUCAGACUGGCUGUUCAAGACCACACCCACUCUCAUUGACUUAAUGCACUCCUGUGACUGACAGACUCCGCCCACAGCCCCGCCCCUCCUGUCAAUCAGCAGGUGUGCUCACCUGUUCUUUAGUUGGAGUGUGUGUGUGUGUGGUGGAACGCCUGUCUGCGUGUAAACAGCCUGAAGAGUCACUUUAUAUGUUCACAUCACAUCAGUUUGUCCCUGUUAAACAACAGGAAGUGAUGUCAUCCAGUGUCUUUUUAUGGGAUCCAGGGAAAAAAGAAUGGUUAUGCCCUCACAGGUCUGUCUUACCGAUCAUCUCUGCUUAAACACUCAUAAAAUCACACCGAAAACAUGUCCAGGUCACAAUUAACCUCAAAAUCCUCAGAAAAUCAACAUUUAUGAUAUUUUGUCUCAUUUUUGUGACAGUCGAGCACAUUUAAAUGCCUAUUAUUAACCAUUAAUAAUUAAUAACCAUGCUUAAUUGUCACAAAAAUGUCAUAAUGCAAAUGUCAUGUACAUAAUAUAAUUUUUUUACAUUCAAAUAUUUUUUUUGCUUUUCUGUAGAUUUUGGUAUGUAACAUGG